UGACUUGGGGCAAACCAUCAGUCAAUACAGCCGCCCCCGGAAGUUACGGUAGACUGACUGAAUUAAAAAGGAGGUUGAACAAAAUCCAGACUACCUACUGUAACUGCACACAAGUUUGAGAGACGAUUUAUGCACUGACUGACAACGACAAGACGCGAAAAUGUUUCUUUACAUCCUCGCACUGGUGGCCAUUUGGUUCAUCUACCGAUGGCUGAGAGAAACCAAGAGAGUUCCCAACAAGGGGGACAAAUACGUCUACAUCACAGGCUGCGACUCCGGCUUCGGUAACAGACUGGCAUGGCAUCUAGACGAGCUGGGCUUCCGCGUGAUCGCAGGCUGCUACACCAAGGAGGGUGAAUCUGCGCUGAGGAAAUUAUCCUCAGAAAGAUUAAGCACCGUGUCCCUGGAUGUCACCAAAUCGGAGAGUGUUAGCAAAGCAGCAGCUUCCAUCAAGACUCUAGUUGGGGAGAAGGGCCUGUGGGCGGUUGUAAAUAACGCUGGAGUCAGUGUUCCAUCCGGUCCCAAUGACUGGCUCACCAUAGAGGAUUUCAAGUCCAUGCUGGCGGUCAAUCUGAACGGAGUGAUCGACGUAACACUGAGCGUCCUUCCGCUCAUCAAGAAGGCUAGAGGCCGAGUGGUCAAUGUGGCCAGCGUGUUCGGGCGCAUCAGUCCGUUUGGUGGACCUUACUGUGUGUCCAAGUAUGGAGUGGAGGCCUUCAAUGACUGUCUACGUUUAAACAUGGCUCCAUUCGGAGUUAAAGUUCUGUGCAUCGAGCCGGGCUUCUUCAAGACCAGCGUGACCGACACAGCCUUAGUGCAGAACAAUUUGAAGAAGCUCUGGGACAGAUUACCUCAGGAUGUGCGGGACGAUUAUGGAAGGGUUUACUUAGAGAAAACUCUUGAAGGGGUGGACCAACGGUUCAAUCAGCUUACGGACAGUGACCUGAUGAAGGUGGUCGGCUGUAUGGAGCACGCCAUCACCGCCGUUCACCCGCGCUACCGCUACUCCCCAGGAUGGGACGCCAAGUUCUUCUGGCUCCCCAUGUCGUACCUGCCAACCUUCAUCACAGAUGCAUUUUUUCUGAGCAACACCCCCAAACCCAUUAAAUCCGUUCUGUAACCUUUA